GUAGAUCUCGGAGAUCGCUUCCGAAAGCUCAACUCGUUGCGGGACGCUUCAUCGACGCUACAUUGUGCUCAAUUAAAGGCGUAGGAGCUCAAUUGUGAGCGUAUUGCCAUGCCAACAUGCCCCGAACAAACCUAAUUUGUUUGUUCGGCGCGCUUCUUGUUUUUGUGCUCGCUCCUUUCGCAGCGGCCGCACCCUCUCCCGCAGGCAGCAGGCCAACCUUUGCAGCAUCAAGAAUAUCCAAUCUUAUCAAUAAUCUACAUGUUCCACAGCGACCGUGGCUCGCAUUACGGGACACUGUGAUUCAGAAGAUAUGGAGAUUGCCUGCUCAAAGUUCGGUCGUGAGUAGCCACCGUCGUGAGAGCCUCGUUGGCUCAGGGCCUCCGCCGGAGCUGGUGGCUCGAUACGGAGAUGACGUGGUGCUCCGCUUCAAUGUGAGCACGACUGACGAGGCCAAGUCCUUGACCGAAGCUUCCACCGUUCUCUUUCUCGAUGUGUGGGAGUUUGGUGAGAAUUGGGUGGACAUUCGGAUCGCCAAAGCUGUGAUUCCAUCUUUAUUGGGCCUUCUUCCUCCGUCGCUGCAGCAUGCUCAUACGCUGUUGAUGAACGAUCUCGCUCAAGUGAUCUAUAACUCUUAUCCGAAACCGAUUCUUCCGGGCCACAGUCUGGCUUCGUCCCAGGACAAUCGUAUCUUUGGUCCUGCGCUCAAAUCAAAGUCUGCAGUAACGGAGCAGAAUGUUUUCUUUCAGGACUACCAGCCUCUGUCCGUAAUCAUCCCAUGGAUGCGACUUCUACGGAGCCUUUUUCCCUCCCACGUACGGAUUAUCGACGUUGGUGUGUCUUCCGAAGGCCGAAGCAUUCCUGCCCUCCGCGUAGGAGUGCAUCCGACCAAUUCUCAGAGACAGUCGGAUGCGCGUAAGACUAUAAUCGUUGCCGGUGGCUCCCAUGCCCGUGAAUGGAUUAGCACUAGCACAGUCAAUUAUGUUGCCUACAGUCUGAUAACUGCCUACGGAAAGGAUAAAGUUAUGACUGAGUUGUUGGAGAAAUUCGAUUGGAUCUUCAUUCCAACAAUCAAUCCGGAUGGGUACGCAUAUACAUGGGAAGUCGAUCGACUUUGGCGAAAGAAUCGGCAAAUGACCAGUCUCCGAUUCUGCCCCGGCAUCGACUUGGACCGCUCAUGGGACUUUCAGUGGGACGGUGAGCGUUUCAGAGGCAAUCCCUGCUCAGAGAGCUUCGCCGGCGAGGCGCCAUUCCAAGCAGUUGAGAGCCAGCGCAUUGCGGAAUGGGCAAAGAACGAGACAGAGAGUAACAAUGUCGAAUUUGUUGCGUUUUUGGAUUUGCACUCGUACUCGCAACAGGUGCUUUAUCCUUACUCUUACUCUUGUGACGCUGUCCCACCUUCGUUGGAGAACCUGGAAGAGCUCGCCAUUGGAUUGGCCAAGGCUAUCCGACUUUCCAAGGGCGAGAGGUACGAUACCCUUUCGGCAUGUGAAGGAAGUGUCGCCAUGGCCGGCAAGAAACCGGGAAGAAUCUUUCCACGCAUGGAGAGCGCCGGUGGGAGCGCUCUAGACUGGUUUUAUCACGAAUUGCGCGUGAAAUAUGCGUAUCAGAUCAAAUUACGUGAUACCGGAAGCUACGGUUUCUUGUUGCCGAGGGAGAACAUUGUGCCAACGGGAAAGGAAGUCUUUGAUGCUGUCAGGUACCUUGGUGACUUCCUUUUGGGCAACAAAGGCAUUGAGUUGGAGGGCGACGCCUCGCAAGACUCUAUCAAAGAAUCUUUGGCGCCAGGCUCUCCUUCGAUCGAUGAGACGAGUGCUGCACUUGGUAACAUGGCCGGCAGUGACGCCGAGGAUGAGGGACAAGAAGAAAUGAUGGACGUGGAUUGGGAGCUGCGGCGAAGGCGUAGAAGAUGAUGGCUGCAAUUCUGUGUGGUGCAUUUUUGAUUUGUUCGACUGUUAUACCUUCAACAUAUCUAAGCCAUGGCUUAGCUUGACGACAUUUGAGGCGUUUCAUGGAGGAUUUUUUUCCCGAAGAUAAACUAAUUGUUAAUUGUCACUAUUCUUUCAAACAUUCCAUUUACAUUUCUCUAUCAUUGGUAGAUAAUAAGAUUGUCAUGAUGGCAUAGCUCAACACUCGGCCGGCAUAUUAACAAGAGAUCUUUUCCCCCCUUGAG